CAACUCAGCCCACUGUGAACAUCACCAAGGUCAAGAUGUCUUCAGCAAUGCCAAAGACCACCCUCUUUGUCCAUGCCACAAUCAUCACCAUCAACAAUGACCGUGAAAUCAUCCGCGAUGGCUACCUGCUCGUACAGGACACCCGCAUCGCCGCCAUCGGCAGAUGCCCCGCGCCCGCAGAUGUCUCUCCGGACGUGACAAUCAACUGCACCGGCAAGAUCAUCCUCCCUGGGUUAAUCAACAUCCAUGCCCAUUUGGUACAGUCGCUCCUUCGGGGUCUGGCGGAAGAUCUCCCACUGCAUAAUUGGCUCUGCGACGCCGUCUGGCCGCUCGAAUCGUCUUAUGAGGGCAGGGACGGAUACCACGCCGCCAGACUCACUAUUGCGGAGAUGCUCAAGACUGGAACAACUUGUUUCCUGGAUCCAAUGGUCACUUAUCGUGCGGGGUGGGAAAAUGUAUGUGACGCUGUGGGCGAGAUGGGAAUCCGGGGGUGUUUGGGUAAACUAGUCAAAUUCCCCGAGACAAAUCGUCAGUUAUCCAUCACCGAUCCGCGAGAUAAAGACCUCCUUGCCAUGUCCAUUCCCGCUCUCGCAGCCGCACACGAAAAGCACCACGGCACCCACAACAACAGACUGCAUGUAUGGGCAGCAGCAGGAACACCUCGCGGUGCACCUGCAUCUCUAUACCGCGAACUUGGGGAAGUCUGUGCAGCACACGGUAUCUCAGUGACGAUGUACUGCGCAGAAGCACCGAAAGAUCGAGAAAUAUACCACGAUCUAUACGGGUGUAGCGCGAUGGAAUUCGUCCAGGACACCCAGCUUUGCAGUCAAAUAUCCACGAGUGCCGGCAGAAACGAGAGUCAUAAUCUGGUACUAGCGCAUAUGGUGAACCUUGAUCUUGAUACGGACUUGCCUUUGCUCGGUGCAACGCAUACUUCGGUCGCACACAAUCCGACCUCGAAUCUUAAACUAGCCUCAGGGGUGGCCCCGGUUCCGGCCAUGCUGGGAGCUGAGCUUGAGAUCAACGUCGGACUGGGAACAGAUGGCGCGCCUUGCUCGAAUCACUACGACAUGUUUCAGGAGAUGCAUCUGGCGGCUAUCCUGCAUAAGGGAGUUUGUCGUGAUGCGACUGUGGUUGGCGCCGAAACGGCGCUAGAGAUGGCUACAAUAAAUGGAGCGAGAGCGCUGCGGUUGGAGAAUGACGUUGGGAGCCUAGAGGUUGGAAAAAAGGCGGAUAUGGUGGUAAUGGAUCCCUAUGGUAAGGGUGGUCUGGGAGCCGCGCCAUGGCAUUACGAGGACGGGGGAGGUGUCACUGCCAUCACAACCGUAGUUCAUGGGUGUACUGGACGGGAUGUAGAUAUAACCAUGGUUGAUGGAAAGAUCCUAGUUGUUGACGGUCGGCUGGUUGGAGGGCAAGAACCGGAGAUUGUCAAUUUAGCCCAGCUAGCUAGUCGGGAAAUCAGAGCACGAUGUAAGUAAGAGUCACGAUUAUGGAUGCGUAAUGCGCAAUCAAAAACCGUCUUGGUCGCGCUUCGCCCUUUCAUGACCCAUUGUGCCAAUCCGUAGCAAACCCCGAGAGCUUACCC